UACUGAACCAUAGACUGCCCGUAUAGAAGUAGUGGUAUUUCUAUGGCUUACCGUACACGCCACAAAAUAAUCUAGACUCCUAUUGAUAGUUUACUGUACCAGCUUAUGUACUGUAUUGACUAGCAGCGAUUCUAAAUAGGCUAACUCUACCAUGUCGUUAGCGAAUGGUACAUGGACCAGCAUUGGUUCGUUAAGUGGACCUCGUGUUUACAUGUCAGUCGUAAUUUGCGAUGGAAGCAUAUACGUCGUUGGCGGUUGUGAUGAAAUGGGACAACCGGUUAACUUUGUGGAAGUUUAUUCUUCUGAAGAAGACACCUGGACAAAGUUGAAAUCUAUGCACACGAAACGCGCUGCUCCAAUUGUAACCGCAGUUGAAGGCAGAAUUGUUGCUAUUGGAGGUGUAGGUGUUGCCCAAGCACCAGUUGAUGCUGUUGAAGUAUUUUCUGUUGCUGAAAAUAAGUGGAAAAAACUUACACCUUUGUCAGAACCACUUAUGGGAAUGGCUCACUUUCUGCGCGAUAAUAAGGUGCACAUUUUUGGUGGCAUGGGGAUUGAUACAAAUCCCAGAGAUCACUUUAAAUGCUUGGUGGUUGGAGCAAGUGCUGGGGGUGAGAAGUGGCAAGCAUUCACUCCAAUGCCCACAGCAAGAUAUGCGGCACAUGCUUUUUAUAAAAACAGCAAAGCUUAUGUACUUGGUGGAAGGGUUGGAAAACUGCCUGUGGCUGUUUUUGAAGUUUAUGACUUUGACUCCCGUAUUUGGGUAAGUUAUCCAGAGAUUCUUUCAAAGCGAGUGUUCCCGUGUUACGCCAUGACAGACAAGCAUAUUGUGUCACUUGGUGGAUUGAAACAAACAGCUCAACAAGGAUUUUGCGACAACUGUGAGAUAUACUCAACCGAACAGAAUGACAAAGGGGAAUGGCAAACUAAUAAGCGAAUGUCAAUUCCAACCAAGCGUGGAGAUUUCACAGCAAAGGCCAUUGACAAUCAGGUUCUAGUUGCUGGUGGUCUUGGAAACAACGGAAAACCUCUUAGUGCUGUUGAGCUUUUUGACCCUGAAACCAAAAAAUGGAAAAGGCUUGCAGAUCUACCACGAGCACACAGCACUUGUGCUUCUGUGGUACAUCAAGGAAAAUUUUACCUCAUUGCGGGUGUAACAUUGGAAGGGCCUUCUGCUACAUGCGAAAUGUUUAAAGUUGCAUAAGUUGCCGAUUACUUCAAAUUUGGUUAUGCAUUUACUUGCAUGCGAAAAGUAUAAAAUAGCACAUAAGUUGUAUACGGUUUCGAUAAGUUUAAUGGUAACACUCAUACAAAAGUAGUGGUACUGGUACAUGAAACUUUCUUAAUACUUUAUGGUUUUUGCUUUGAUAAUGAUAUUACAUUGCGUAUGGUAGUUUCUAGUUUUGUUGUAGAAUAUAUAAAGGACGGUACACAUGUACAUUUUUUUAUUUUAAAGUUUAACUGCAGUUAUUAUGAUUCUUACAGGUUAUUGCAGAAAUGGUUUGUUUGAAUGCCAGUACAAGAUUAAUUUAAGAGAAUGAAAAAUAUUUCUGUUAUGUAUUUGUGUUUAAUUGUACUUCGUAUUACUACUUUCAACUUGUGUAAUGCAUGUAUUACACGCACAGAGGCAUGAAAUUGUCACCUGUUUUUUUAAUUUUUCUAUUUCGUUGUAAUUAGCAAACUUUGCUUUUCAAUUAUCAAUUGGCUAAAGAUUUAUGCUACAAUUUUUGUAUUUAUCACGAUGGUUUGUGUAAAUUUUGAACAAAUCAAAUUUAUACAUUACGUUUUUAAUUAUUGUGAUGAUGAUGUAACAUUUACGGAUGGUUCACAAUUUAUAUAAAAUAUCCUUUAAAUAAUUAUGUAGUUUUUUCUUCAUUUUUCUUCAUAAAAGAAUAUGUAAAUUUAUUGUUGAGGGUACAGUGGCGAUGUAUGUAAACAAAUAAAAUUCUAAAUGUCGUAAAAUACUUUUAAUUAUUCUUUAUAUUUGUUUAAUAAAUUAAUCUUUCAAUACACCAGAAUGAUUGCACUACCCUGAUAUUUUUACAUGCUUCCAAUACACAGUUUUAGUUUGAAACAUGUUGAAUUCAAUGUCACAGUGAAUUUUAACAAAUGAAAUAAAGUUAACAAAUGUA